AUGACACCCCCAGACCCUUACCUUCGGCAAGAAUGGCAGAUGGUACGUGGGGUUCCCAUGGUCUGUGCAUUUUCCUUUGACUGGGACAGGAUCGACAAUUUUCAGAGCAGGCCUGAUGAUAUCUUGAUAUCCACAUACCCCAAAUCUGGCACCACAUGGGUGUGUGAAAUUGUGGACAUGAUUCUGAAUGAUGGUGACACUGACAAAUGCAAGCGAGAUGCAAUUUUCAAUAAAGUACCUAUGUUAGAAUUUGCUGCCCCCGGGAAGAUGCUGUCAGGCACAGAACAAUUAGCUCAGAUGCCUUCUCCUCGAGUGGUGAAGACUCACCUCCCGGUCAACCUACUUCCGAAGUCCUUCUGGGACAAUAAGUGCAAGAUAAUCUAUGUGGCUCGCAAUGCAAAGGAUGUAGCUGUGUCCUUUUACCAUUUUGACUUGAUGAACAAGCUGCACCCAGACCCUGGAAAGUGGGACGAAUACCUUGAGAAAUUCAUGGCGGGUAAAAUAGCUUUCGGUUCCUGGUAUGACCAUGUGAAAAGCUGGCGGGAUAAGAGGAAUGAUCAGCCCAUGUUAUACCUGUUCUAUGAAGACAUGAAAGAGGAUCUGAAGCGUGAGAUUAAAAAGGUCAUGCAUUUUUUGGGAAAGGACCUCGCGGACUCGGUUGUGGACAAGAUUGUCUGCAAUACGUCCUUUGAAACGAUGAAGGACAAUCCUGCCACAAACUACAGGAUGGCCCCAGCUGCAGUGAUGGAUCAAAGCAUCUCCCCGUUCAUGCGCAAAGGGAUUGCUGGUGACUGGAAGAAUUACUUUACAGUAGCUCAGAAUGAGAAAUUUGAUGAAGAUUAUAAGAGGAAAAUGGCAGGCACAGUGCUGCAGUUCCGAACUGAGAUCUGA